AUGAAAUUAUCCAACAUUUCGUUUCGAAUUGAUUUGAGUGGAGCUCAUCUCAUCUGUGAGUUUAGUGCUGUUGGCCACCUACCCAUUAGCGAUUGGCUUUGGUCAGACGAGAUUCCGAAGCGAUGGGAGAAACUGGCGAGCCACAGAAAAACUACUUGCAACCGUUGUAUUGAUUAUUAUGCAAAAGAAAAUUUAUCGAGCACGUUACACUUUUAG